CGACGGUUGGCCCAAGGUUCUCGGGCUUCCAUUGUACACGAAUGAAUGCCCCAAGCAUCGCCCCCGGUAAAUCUGUGCCGUCGAACGGCGUGUCCAUCUUCAUUCAGCGCCUUGCCGCGCUGCUGAACGCAGCACCUCCAAGUAUUGUGUCGUGGGCCGACGACGGGCUCUCGUUUGUGAUUUACAAGCUAGCUCCAUUCACCACGCAGGUGCUUCCUGCGUACUUCGGCCAUCGAAAGCUUCGCACAUUCCUGCGCAUGCUCAACUUUUAUGGCUUUCAUCGAUGCCAAAGCAAACACGUUGAAUUCAGUCACUUGACGUUCCAGCGUGGGAAUGAAGCUGGCAUGGCCAUGAUCCGGCGGAGAUUCAAACAGGACCUCGACGACGACGACCGCGACAUCAUUGAAGACAUCGAAGAGACGAUUCUCGACAUCACAAGGUAUCUCGAACGCGAACGUCGCCUCGACGAGGCAGUGUUGCGGGACUACCUGGACGUCCUGUUGGUUGCCCCACCGCCAACUCCGCCGGUAGAGGGCCUCUUACCGCCUCCUCCAAUCGUGACUACCUGCAACUCUCCUUGCUCUACGCCCCGUUCAACUAUUCCAACGUCGUGCGCGACUCCCGCGUUCAAGGGCUCCGCGGACCUUCAGAAGUCCUCGCCGCCAUCGUCGUCCAAGUUUCCAUCCCGGUCGACCACCCUAAAAAUAGAAUAAACGACAUUACCUCCGAC